ACAAGCGCAAAGAGAGAGAGAGAGAGAGAGAGGGAGGAAGAAAAAGAGAAGAUAGUAAAAGAAACGAGCGGCGGUGGGGGAGUGGCGCGAACUUCAAUGAUGUUUCGUGAAUCUUGACUCAUUAUACUCUCAAGUUGUGGCGCCUCGGAACUGUGGCCCCCCCUCCAUUUCCCUCGCUUUUCUCUCGCUGCCUACAUUUUCCUCUUCUUUCUUUCUUUACGACUGUGUACGAAUCGUGUGAAGAAUACAUAUUCUUGGAAUUCUGAAGAGAAAACGUCCAGAACUCGGAAACCAUCCUCGUUUUUUCUUUGUCGUGUAGAUUUCCACCAACUGCCGCUUCCUACGCAUAAAACAUCAGUGAUUGCUUAAUGGCUACCAGUGUAGCUUCUGGAAGCGGCCGGCUGCAUUUUAAAGACACUGUUUACAGGAGACAGGGCUGCAGACAGGCUCAUUGGGUUCAAAAUAUAGCAGUCCCGAGAUGCAUGCAGAAAGAGCUUUCUUGGUCUCAUGGGGUCUCAAAAGGCUUGCUGGCCAAGAAACAUAAUUAUUUCCAUCCUCAAAUUAAGGAGGACUGCAAGCAACGCAGAGUAGUGAUCAAAUCAUGCUUGCGAGAGGGCUACAAUAAGUAUUUUGAUUUUGCUGUAAUUGGAAGCGGGAUUGCUGGCCUUCGAUAUGCUCUUGAGGUUGCCAAGCACGGAACUGUAGCUGUAAUAACCAAGGCUGAGCCCCAUGAGAGCAACACCAACUAUGCACAGGGUGGUGUGAGUGCCGUGUUAUGCCCGUCCGAUUCGGUUGAGAAUCAUGUGCAGGAUACAAUUAUUGCAGGCGCUUAUCUAUGUGACGAGGAGACUGUUAGAGUAGUGUGUACUGAAGGACCUGAUAGAAUCAGAGAAUUGAUCGCAAUGGGGGCUUCAUUUGAUCAUGGGGAGGAUGGGAAUUUGCAUCUGGCCAGGGAAGGGGGACAUUCUCAUCGAAGAAUUGUGCAUGCAGCUGAUAUGACCGGCCGGGAAAUAGAGAGGGCAUUAUUGGAGGCAGUUCGAAAGGAUCCUAAUAUUUUCGUCUUUGAGCACCAUUUCGCAAUAGAUUUCCUGACUUCUCAGGAUGGUUCUGAUACUGUUUGUCAUGGUGUUGACACUUUGAACACAGAGACGCAAGAGGUGGUGAGAUUCAUCUCAAAAGUAACUUUACUUGCAUCAGGCGGGGCUGGACACAUCUAUCCAAGCACUACCAAUCCUCCGGUGGCAACUGGUGAUGGAAUGGCUAUGGCUCACCGAGCUCAAGCUCUAAUUUCUAAUAUGGAGUUUGUGCAAUUCCACCCAACUGCUUUGGCUGAUGUAGGCCUUCCAAUUAAACCAAGAGAGGCCCGAGAAAAUGCCUUUUUGAUAACUGAAGCUGUGAGGGGAGACGGAGGCAUACUUUACAACUUAGGCAUGGAGAGGUUCAUGCCCUUUUACGACGAGAGGGCAGAGCUCGCCCCGCGGGAUGUCGUAGCAAGAAGUAUUGAUGAUCAGCUUAAAAAGCGGAACGAGAAGUAUGUGCUUCUUGAUAUCAGUCACAAGCCCAAAGAGAAUAUUCUCUCUCAUUUCCCCAAUAUCGCCGCAGAGUGUCUCAGGUACGGUUUAGACAUAACCCAACAACCAAUCCCUGUGGUCCCUGCGGCUCAUUACAUGUGUGGUGGAGUGCGUGCUGGGCUCCAAGGUGAAACUAAUGUCAGAGGUCUCUAUGUGGCUGGUGAAGUUGCAUGUACCGGCUUGCAUGGGGCGAACCGGCUCGCUAGCAACUCAUUGCUGGAGGCACUAGUAUUUGCACGGCGGGCUGUGCAACCAUCAAUUGAUCAUAUGAGGAGUUCUCAAAUUGAUCGGGGUGCUUCCCAUUCGUGGUCCUGGCCAAUAAUGCCCAAGUCACUGGGGGACACUGUUUUGAACAACAUUGUCCGUAGGACAAGGGAAGUGAGGAAAGAGCUACAGUUGAUAAUGUGGGAGUAUGUCGGGAUAGUUAGAUCGACGACUAGGCUGCAGAUGGCUGAGAAGAGGAUCGGGGAGUUGGAAUUGGAAUGGGAAACAUAUUUAUUCCAGCAGGGGUGGGAACCAACGAUGGUGGGGAUUGAGGCUUGUGAGAUGAGAAACUUGUUUUGCUGCUCCAAGCUGGUGGUGAGCAGUGCUCUAGCAAGGCAUGAAAGCCGUGGCCUUCAUUACACUGUUGAUUUCCCACAUGUGGAGGAAAGCAUGAGGUUGCCGACUGUCAUCUUUCCAUGUUCACCUGUAAAUAGCACUUGGAGUUCACGGCAACUCCACAGGCAACAAAUAUGUUAGGAGUAUACAUCAUUUUUGUCGAUUCUUCCCCCCUAGAACUUCAGGUGGGUUGCUUGUUUCCUAAUUGGAAAACUACACUUGUAUUUUGCUACCAAAUAUUCUGAUUCCAUGGUCGAAAAUCCUUACAGCAACCUUUUGUAAUAAUGGAAGUUUCUGGGCUUGAAUAAGUCCAUUGAACUCUUUUUGCAACAUGCAUGUAUUUCACUCCA